AUGAACCUCCUUCAGCGUCUCGCAUAUAUUACUAUCCUUAUCAACCCAUUGACAACUGCCUUCGUGAAUUAUGGCUCGAUCGCACCCCAAUUAUUCCUACAACAAUCCACGCCCUCAUCAUCUGGCUUGAGGCCAUGGGCAAAUACGAGCCUGAUUCUAUCGCCAUCCAACCCGCUCGCUACCCUCGACUACGGGACUGAAGUAGCCGGUUUCCCAUUCUUCCACGUCUCAGCCAUUUCUGGAACGGUACAGAUCGAAGUGAAGUAUAGCGAAGAAUACCGUGGAGUUGAAGAGCCAUUUUCAGACGGACCUUGGACAUUCUCGAACGGGUUGUCAAAUACUUUUCGAGUAGAAACUUUCAAUGUCACGAACACGGGAUACAUGGAGAGCUUCUUCGUCCAAGGGGGCCAGCGAUGGCAGACCGCACGGCUGAUCACGAACGGCUCUGUCACCAUCGAUCAUCUAGGAUUUCGGGCAACAAGCUCAAACUUAGACGCUGACAAGCUACCAGGCCACUUGAAGACAUCCGAUGAACUCUACAACCGAGUCCUCGACCUCGGAGGUCGUGUCGCUCAAGUAGCAUGCGUGGAUGCUGGUAAUGCACCAUCGACGUGGGAAAUCACAAAAGACGGAGCACUUAUCCGAGGUCAAGCCAGUGCACAAUCCUCCCUGGGGGUUGAUGCAGCCAACUACACACUCGAUUUCGACCUGAAGAUUGCGCGCGGCGGCGCUGGCUGGAGGGUAGCAAGUGCAAUGAAGCCGAUCGGGCCAUACUUUGUGCUUUUAUCCGAAUAUCCUGAGCAAAACACCUUUGCAAACACAAACCGGACUCUCCUGCCUCCAAAUACUUUAGCUUUCACUACUGGAUGGGGACUAGUAAACCAAAGUUCGCUACGUGGACCAGAAAACCAGUACUUUACAAUCAACACAACCAUCAAGGAAAAUACGUGGUAUCGUAUCGCCUUCGUACCUUUACCUCCACCUGCACCUGCAACCCCAGCGAGCUUUGACUCUGCCUCUCGAUACCAAGGCACAUGGGGCUUCGGAGGUGUGCAGGACCAUAUCACGUAUUACAAAGACGUGAUCGUCACUGCUAAAAACGGCACUAUUGUAUACUCCAAUUCCCUAGCGAGCGAAGGCUCCUUGGCGGAGUAUCAAGUCGCGCCUCUUGACCACUCAGUCUGCCUUGAUGGUGCCAAGCGGGAUCGCCUCGUCUGGACAGGAGACUUUUAUCACACUGUGCGUCUUGUUGCACUUUCGUCUGCUCGAUUUGAUUACCUCCUGGGCACCAUCAAAUAUACCCUAAGCUACCAGCUCGACAAAGGCCCGUACGCUGGCUUUACCCCGAUCUCUGCCAACCUUGGAUCCCAACCCCAAUACAAAGAAGCAAAUAUUAAAAUAUACAAUGCCCUGGUAGACUACCAGGACCUGUUUCUGGCAGGAAUCGGCGAAUAUUUUCUCUAUACUGGAGACAGCGACGGGUUGCAACCUUACUGGGGUCAGAUCAAGAAACUUGCCACUGCGAGAUUGGCAUUCAUCGAUCCCACCUCUGGUCUCAUUGGAGGCUCCCCGGAAGUACCAUCCCCUUUCAGCUUCCUCGGACCAGCCAACGGGAGUGCAACAACUGGUCUUUUCGUUUAUAUGCUUGACAAAAUUGCGCCAGUUGCACUAGCGGCGGGAGACCAAGAGGCUUCCACACUUUACUCACAAACAGCAACCAAGUUGCGUGAAGCCCUCAAUCGUGAGCUAUGGAACGACCAGCUCGGAACAUACUCGCUCUCAACCACCAAUCCAGGCAACUUUUCUCUAACUGGUAUCGCCUGGGCAAUCCUAUCUGGUGCGGCCAACGACACGCAAGCAGCAUCCUCCAUUGCCAAGCUUGAAGAGCUCCGCUUCGCAGUAGGUUAUAAGACCAUCUCGAGUGACAUGGAAACGGACGACUACCAGCUUGCUCCCAACCCAUCAGGCUUUCUACUAGAAGCUCUCUUCAAGUCGAGUCGCGAUUCCAGAGUGAACAGCACAUCUGCCAUCACGCAUCUACUCGACAACCUAUGGGGUAGUAUGGUAAAGGAGAACGAGUACAACUCUGGCGCGAGCUGGGAAUAUGUGAAACCUGAUGGUUCACCUGGUCUCGGUCUUUUCACAAGUUUAGCGCAUCCAUGGGGUGCAGCUCCAACCUACGUACUGCCGGAAUACCUUCUUGGUGUAGUGCCAACCUCUGCUGGUUACAAAACGGUCCUUAUCACUCCUAUGAUAGGCUUCUUGGACCAAUUUGAGGUCAGCGGAAGGGUCCCAACGCCCAACGGGCCGAUCAACGUAGCGUGGACGUUGAAUGGCACGAGCGUUGCUAUCACGGUUGUUAUACCAACUGUUGGAGAUGGGGCGGCGGUUGACGAGGAGGUUGAAGUGACGGGAAUUUCGGAUGACCCGCUCGAGGAGAUCGAGGUGGAAGAUGAUGUUGAGGAGUCACUGGACGAUGACUCGCUCGUAGAAGGGCUGGUGGUCACUGAGUCGAUCUCAGUGGAAAUUGAGGUCGAGAUAGACGAGAAGGCGCUGCUAGUGCUGGAGCUAUAA